AUGCUACGGCGCGGUAUAGUCGAGCACCAACUCGGCCUAAGCGUCAAUCUCGUGCUCUUGGUGGCUUUGAUGUACACCCUCUUUCCCGCUCUACGGCAAAGGAUGAGCGCCUUCUUCUUACUCAGCUACCCCAUUACCAACCCUUCCACCGGAUCUACCGUCUACGGCCAAGGCACGCAAGACCUCUGUCUUGUAGCAACCUUCAUCGUCCUUUUCACCGGCCUCCGCGCGUUCGCACUCGAGUAUAUACUAUCACCGUUAGCCAGCCGCAUCCUCGGGAUUUCCCGCCCCAAGUUCCGCGUGCGCUUCGCCGAGCAGAGUUACAUGCUGCUCUACUACGCUCUCUACUGGACGUGGGGUCUCAUGCUCUUCAUCCGCAAUACGCCCUCUUCCACUCGCUCAAUCAACGACCUACUCAUCUCGCUUUGGCAUCCAUUUCCGCAACUCUACGUCGGUCGUGGAAUGAAGAUCUAUUACCUGUCGCAACUGGCCUUCUGGAUCCAGCAGGUCAUGGUGAUCCACAUCGAGGCUCGUCGGAAAGACCACUUCCAGAUGCUUACGCAUCACGUCAUCACCAUCGCCCUUCUCUCCUUCUCUUACCCAUACCGGCAAUGGCGCGUGGGCAAUGCCGUGCUAGUCUGCAUGGAUAUCGUAGACUGCGUGUUUCCCUUCGCCAAAGUGCUACGGUAUCUCGGGCUGCAGGUGGCGUGUGAUGCCGCCUUUGCCGCGUUCGUCAUCCUCUGGAUCGCAGGGCGACAUGUGUGCUACAAUGCUAUCUGUUGGAGUAUCUGGGCGCAUGUCGCUACAGCCGAAGUGGAUGGGGAAAGGGUCAUGCCAUACGGUGUGUAUAGUACACAUUCCGGCAAGCGACUAAGCGAGGACGGGGGGAAGGACGUGUUGGUGAACCUCCUUCAGCCCCUGCUACAUCCGCAUGCGAGAACGUUCAGUUUCAAUGCGAGUAUUCGGUGGCUGUUCCUGGGGUUGCUCUUGGCGCUGCAGUGCAUCACCAUCGGGUGGUUUAUCAUGAUCUGCCGCGUCGUCGUACGCGUGCUUCGCGGAGAGGGAGCGGACGACAGUCGGUCUGAUGGCGAAGACGAAGAUCAAGCGGCGGAUGAGGAGGAGGCGUCGGCGGCGGCCAACGACGUGCCAGCGCAGCCCUCGGAUCACCUCGCCCUGCCUUUGACGAAGCCGAAGCCGCGCUUCAUCGAGAUUGAGUCCACGGGCGAGGACGUUGUCCGGCCAUCAUACGCGAAACGGAGAGUCGCGUCUGCCUCUGGUGUCAAGCGGAAAGGCAAAGGCUUCAGCUCCGGUCUGAACCUCGGCGAGCACAAGGAGAUCCUGAAUCGGAUCGGGUGUCUAAGCGAGGAGCAGCUGGCGCGGGAGAGGGAGAAGAGGGAGGGAGGCAGCUCACGGCCGGGCAGUGCCGCCGGGAAACGCUGA